AAACCCGACUCACUACGAAUGAGAUUACGGUCAAGUCAAAGUUCAACGAGAUGAGCUCUUUCAGCACAUCUCUAUCCGCACAAGACAUCUGGAAAUGGACAUUCACCAAGGAAGCCACUGCUCCAUGCGUCAUCAGAGACGUUCUCUCGAUGAAGCAAAGCAACGCCAAAGACACCGACUUUUACUGGCUGGGACAUAUCCCUUGUCGAACAGAAUCCAGGACUACGAGAAACGGAACGCUGUAUACUAUCGAUGAUUCUACAGCUGUCAUAGAAUGCGUGCUUCGCCAUCCCUCGCCACCAAAAUCUUCAAUGAGCGCCGAUGCAAGUCGCUUGGUUCAGAAAUCCGGAUGGGAUGGGAUGUCGCGUGGAUUUAACAGAUCUAUGCCUCCUCCUCCGCCACCCACUCCUGUCACUGCUAUAGGAUAUCCUGUACAAGUGAUUGGCAAAGUUGUGCGGUUCUAUGAUGUGAGACAAAUAAUAGCUGAAUCUAUCGAGCCCUGUCAAUCAACUAACGAUCAAUGGAAACACUGGAAAACCGUCGUGGAGCUUCACAAGUCGAAAUAUUCCGUGCCGAAACCAUUUGAGAUACCCAUGCCACUUGUUAGCGUGGAAAUACUGGCCACGACGUCCAAGCCAGCACCCUCUUUGAACAGACAAAACUAUAUGCUGACAUCGAAGACGAACAUUCCCGCCCCCCGCACUCCCGUGAAGCGUCCAUUACAAGCCCAUGCCCCAUCAUCACCACUUACAGACAGUACCACCUCCGCCCCAUCAAGUCCAGUCAAACCCGGAUCCACAGUGACAAGUGACGAUCCGUUCUCGACGCCGAUUAAGCGCCCUCGCGUUCAGUUUGAUCAAACACCCAAGGCGCGGACGGGGUAUGUAGCGCAGGAUCGGACGCCGCGAGUAUCUACUCUGGAUGACAGUGCUCCUAGCGGCCCUACAGGAUUCACGCUCUCGCAUCUACGCCGCCUGGUCCGAAUCGUUCAUGCUGAAAUGAAGCGGCGCGCCCGAGCGGAGAGGGAGACUGAAAAAGCCAAAGCUGCGCAGACGCAGAAGGCUUCUUCGAAACCUGCCCAUGUGCCCUCAUCGAACCCCACCCACGCGCAUUCCCAAACGAGGAUCAAGCCCUCUGAUGCGCCGCGUGUGAAGAUGAAGCGCCUUUUUUCAUGGGCAGUGCUAAAGCUGUACGAAGAGGGCAGUAUCGUGCUCUGGGAUAGAUCUUUGCGUCUUUUGCCCGGCGCUCUCUCCGUGCUGCUUUCUCCUGGGUUUGGCGACACGGAUAACUUGUGGAAGACUGCGAACAGCACAACCAGUUUCUCAACUGCAAACAAUUCUGUGUUUUCGACCGCCAAUAGUACGAUGUUUUCGACUACCGGUGCUUCUUCAUCCAAGUUCGUAAUGUCUGAAGAAGACGCAUAUCUCUCGGAUCCACCGAUGGACGAGGAAGACGAGACUUAUAUUUCUGUGACGCCAGCGCUGCUCGCUGGACCUAUUCGAGAAAUCAUGCGUGCGAAGAGGAUAGGUGGGAAGAGUACCAAAGUUAGAGCAGAGGAGAUUGCAAGAUAUUUGAGAAGAGGGGAUGCGCGCUGGGCGCGGGUUGGGGCAUGGGCUGUGGAAGAGGCCAUGGAGGUUGUUCUUGGGGAUCGGAACUAGGUUGGGUGGCAUCACAGGGAUAUUAUCGCGAUCAAUUUCAUCUAGGGUUGCAACGGAGUGGACUAUGAUAUAUCAUACAAGUAUAUCUAACAGUACUAUGAUAUAUUAACCAGUAAACAACAUGCAUUGCU